GUGGUAGGGAAGAAUACUCUUUAUUCUGGGCAAGGCUCCUUCUAUUAUGUUGGCAGAUCUCCCAGGUACCUUUCGUGGUGCGUGUUAUACUGCUGCGCGGCUUCUUGUCAAGUGAAUACUGCUCAUAACUUCAUUUUGAUGUACCUUUUUCCUUUCCAUCAUCACCUUUAGAUGUAUGCAAUCUAGACCCGAUUAUUGCAAGGUGUCUUUGUUCUGGGCAGACAUAAUCAAGCUGCCACCUUCAUUAAUUAAGAAGCAGAGCAUAGUCUGAGCUAAAUCCUUAACCCUACCUGAAUUACAUGAGAUGGAGCUAAUAGUUGCUUUUGAAUGUUUUUUCUCUUCAGGGACUGUCAGGAUCAACAUAUCUGUUCCCAAUGUUGAUGAAGGGAACCUCAAGGGACAAGUUUUGGAAAUCAUCAUGUCCUUGAAUGAAACCGUUGGUAGUCUGAAAGAAAAAGUAUCUGGGGAAAUUCAACUUCCAGCAAACAAACAGAAAUUGAGUGGGAAGGCCGGUUUUCUCAAGGAUAAUCUCAAACUUGCUUAUUACAAUAUUGGAGAUGGAGAGACCUUGACUCUUUCUUUGAGGGAGCGUGGUGGCAGGAAGAGAUGAACAAAUUACCUAGAGAACCCAACGAAAGGCCCUUGUUGGAGUACUUCCUAAGAAUUUUUCUAUAUAAUCCUGUUCGGUCCAUGAAUAUUUCUUUUCAGAUGAUAUCUUGAAUUUUUUGUGCCCAUGUAUCUUAAGUUCAGCCUUGCAACUUCUUUAUUGUUGUUACUAAUCUGAUUCUAUUUGCCUUUGCAGCUCAUCACUUAUGCUCACAAGUAGUCAUGUCAUGAUUCUGAUACUAACUUUUCUUUGAGUAUAGUUGACCUCAGUAACUGAAUUUGUUGUUUUAGUCUGUAAUUGGAUAUCUAAUUAUUUUAUCUUAGUAGUGCUGAUAUUUUUGGAGCACUUUUUUUUGGUGGUAGGGAAGAAUACUCUUUAUUCUGGGCAAGGCUUCUUUUAUUCUGAUGAUGGGUGUUAGGAGAAAUAUUGGUGAUGGUGCCUCGACAGACAUAUGGCGAGACCCGUGGGUUCCAAAGAUGCCUGAGUUUCGAGUAACGUCGAGCCAAAGAAGGAUAAUCAGUGCCCUAUUUAUGUGAGACAAUUAUGGGAAAAUAGGGCCUGGGAUAUAAAUGCUCUAAAUAAUUAUUUUUCUGUGGCAGAGAUUAGAAUGAUACGGAGCAUCCCUAUACCCUUAUAUGAUAGCAAGGAUACGUGGAUGUGGCAUUACUCGAAGGAUGGCAGAUUUUCGGUGAGGAGUGCUUACAACCUGCUAUCUGUUGAGCAUAUGCGAGAGACUGCCUCCUCGUCAAAUGCAGGUGUUCUGUUUGAUUGGAACAAGGUAUGGAAUGUGGAUGUUCCGCAAAAAAUCAAGCUUUUUGCUUGGAAAUGUGUUAGAAAUGGGAUUGCUUCUCGUGAUAAUCUUGCGAGAAAAGGUGUAAAUACUGAUGUGAUAUGCCCUAUGUGUGGCGAGGCUGCUGAGAGUACUCUUCAUAUGCUGGCUCAAUUUGAUCAGGUUAGGCUUGUUUGGUACACCUCCCCUCUGAGAUUGGUUGUAGCCCACUACCAAGGGGAAAAUUUUGGAGAGUGGUGUAGCUCGAUAUGGAAGACAAUUAAAGAUUUUAUUUGGUGGAGUCUGUUUUGGAAUAUUGCGUGGGGUGUGUGGCUGCGACGCAACGAUUGGAUUUUCAACAGAAGGAGGUGGGAGGGGGCUGAUGUGAUUCGUAAAGCAGUGAACAUAGUAGGUGAACUUGAGCAAGCAAAGGAGGUAAACAAUAUUAACCCACCUGCCACGCAGCUAGAAACUCGGUGGAAGCCUCCAAUAGCUGGAAUGAUAAAAGUGAACGCAGAUGUUGCCUUACUCACGCCAAAUGUGGUGGGCUUGGGGGGAGUGAUGAGGGAUCAUGUAGGUGAUGUCGUGGCUGCUACUUGUUGCCGGAUGGAGGGUGGUUUUGAUGUGGAUAUUGCGGAAGCAUUGGCCAUGAGACACGCCCUUGGCAUAUCUAUGGAAGCAGGUUUCUUACGGCUUUGUUUGGAGACGGAUUGCUUGAAGCUCUACAGCCACUUGAAGAAGGGAGAAGUCCCUCCUACUCCUUUUGGUAGAAUUGUUAAUGAUAUCCUAUAUCUUUCUCGUUUGUGUUAUUGUGUCUCCUUUUCUUUUGUGAAAAGAGAAGGAAACCAAGUAGCUCAUGGUUAAGCAAAAGCUUGUAAUCUUUUUUCUGAGUUAAGGGUUUGGUUAGAGGAGUA